AUGAAUACUAUUCCCAUUUACAGAUGGGAAAAUGGCAAAAAGCACGAGAUACGGCAAAACCAAGGCCUCGAUGGCCUCUUCCGAGCAAAUCUGAAAGCAGAACAAGCUGAGAAAAGAGCCCAAAGCCUUGAAAGUCUCAUCUUUAUGAAUACCCGGAUGGACAAAGAUAGCAAAGGAAGUCCAGAUUUUGGAUCUGUUAUCAAAACAAGUGCCAGGACAGAUAAAACCAACAGAAGAGGUAAAGACCUUGAUGAUGCUAUCAAAGUCAGUCCUAAGGGAAAUGGACAUACCACUGGAAAACAAGACCUCAACGAACUUAUUAAAGCAAAUCCUGAAACAAAUAAAAGUAUGAAGAGGACACAAGACCUGGACAAAUUUAUCAAAGUGACACCCACAGUAAACAAAAGUGCACAAGGUCUUAAUGAACUUAUUAAUGUAAAUCCCCAAGCUGUCAAGAGCACCAGUGGAAAUCAAGAUCUUGAUAAGUUCAUCAAAGUGAAUCCUGAGAUUCUCACAACCAACCAAAGAAACCAAGAUCUGGUUAACACCAAAGUGAGUUCUGUCAUGAUUGGAAGUACUCAAAGCCAACACUUGGACAAUCUUAUUAAAGUUAGACCUUCAGCUCCAACAAACACUAAUCGAGACCAAGACCCAGAAAAAUUAACUGACAUGCAUUCUUAUGUGACUAUAAAUAAAAAUGGGAGGUACUUAUUUAAUGGUGUUUGGGUUUCAAAUGAGAGCCUCAUGAAUCCUAGGCAAGAACUUAGUAUGACCAAGUCAAUGGAUCUUCUAAUGCUCGGCACAAUGAGUCCACAGGAACCUCUGUCUAUUCUUAUGAAGUCAGGAACAGCCUCAGCUCCAACCAUGGGACUGGGCAUGCAGGAUCCAAGGACACUGUUGUCUACACAAGGACAUAUGUGGAGAAUAGUAAAUCUUCAAAAGAUAGAUAUCAAGAAACUAUAUCAGGAAAGUAUAUACCAACAGUUUACUCAACUUCAGAUAGGUCUGUCAUUGAAAGAGAUAUGUGCACUUACUGCCGCAAACCCUUGGGUGUAGAAACCAAAAUGAUUUUAGAUGAAUUACAAAUUUGUUGUCACUCUACUUGCUUUAAGUGUGAAAUAUGCAAACGACCUCUGGAAAAU